UAAUGUUUGCUCUUUCUGCAUACAGUGGCAGGGGCCCCAGAGAAUAAUUAACCUCAUUGGACUACCUUGCUUGUGGAUGCCUCUGUUCCCCUUUAAGUCAACACCGGGGACUGGGACACAGUUGUCCAGGUGCUGUUGGCCAGUCCCAACAUGGACCACAAGGAAGUACUCCUUCUGUUUCUCUUGCUUCUGAAACCAGGACAAGGGGACUCGCUGGAUGGCUACGUAAGCACACAAGGGGCUUCACUGUUCAGUCUCACCAAGAAGCAGCUCGCAGCAGGAGGCAUAGCGGACUGUUUGGCCAAAUGUGAAGGGGAAACAGACUUUGUCUGCAGGUCAUUCCAGUACCACAGCAAAGAGCAGCAAUGCGUGAUCAUGGCGGAGAACAGCAAGACUUCCUCCAUCAUCCGGAUGAGAGACGUCAUCUUAUUUGAAAAGAGAGUGUAUCUGUCAGAAUGUAAGACCGGCAUUGGCAACGGCUACAGAGGAACCAUGUCCAAGACAAAGAGUGGUGUUACCUGUCAAAAGUGGGGUGCCACAUUCCCCCACGUACCCAACUACUCUCCCAGUACACAUCCCAAUGAGGGACUAGAAGAGAACUACUGUAGGAACCCAGACAAUGAUGAACAAGGGCCUUGGUGCUACACUACAGAUCCGGACAAGAGAUAUGACUACUGCAACAUCCCUGAAUGUGAAGAGGAAUGCAUGUACUGCAGUGGAGAAAAGUAUGAGGGCAAAAUCUCCAAGACCAUGUCUGGACUUGAUUGCCAAGCCUGGGAUUCUCAGAGCCCACAUGCUCAUGGAUACAUCCCUGCCAAAUUUCCAAGCAAGAACCUGAAGAUGAAUUAUUGCCGCAACCCUGACGGGGAGCCACGGCCCUGGUGCUUCACCACAGACCCCAACAAACGCUGGGAAUACUGUGACAUCCCCCGCUGCACAACACCCCCACCCCCACCCGGCCCAACCUACCAGUGUCUGAAAGGAAGAGGUGAAAAUUACCGAGGGACCGUGUCUGUCACCGUGUCUGGGAAAACCUGUCAGCGCUGGAGUGAGCAAACCCCUCAUAGGCACAACAGGACACCAGAAAAUUUCCCCUGCAAAAAUCUGGAAGAGAACUACUGCCGGAACCCAGAUGGAGAAACUGCUCCCUGGUGCUAUACCACUGACAGCCAGCUGAGGUGGGAGUACUGUGAGAUUCCGUCCUGCGAGUCCGAGUCCUCAGCGUCACCAGACCAGUCAGAUUCCUCAGUUCCACCAGAGGAGCAAACACCUGUGGUCCAGGAAUGCUACCAGAGUAAUGGGCAGAGCUAUCGGGGCACAUCGUCCACUACCAUCACAGGGAAGAAGUGCCAGUCCUGGGUAGCUAUGUUUCCACACAGGCAUUCGAAGACCCCAGCGAACUUCCCAGAUGCUGGCUUGGAGAUGAACUACUGCAGGAACCCGGAUGGUGACAAGGGCCCUUGGUGCUACACCACUGACCCGAGCGUCAGGUGGGAAUACUGCAACCUCAAGCGGUGCUCAGAGACAGGAGGGAGUGUUGUGGAAUUGCCCACAGUUUCCCAGGAACCAAGUGGGCCGAGCGACUCUGAGACAGACUGCAUGUAUGGGAAUGGCAAAGACUAUCGGGGUAAAAAGGCCGUCACUGCAGCUGGCACCCCCUGUCAGGGAUGGGCUGCCCAGGAGCCCCACAGGCACAGCAUCUUCACCCCACAGACAAACCCACGGGCAGGUCUGGAAAAGAAUUACUGCCGAAACCCAGAUGGGGAUGUGAAUGGUCCUUGGUGCUAUACAACAAACCCCAGAAAACUUUAUGACUAUUGUGAUAUCCCCCUGUGUGCAUCAGCAUCAUCCUUUGAGUGCGGGAAACCUCAGGUGGAACCGAAGAAAUGCCCUGGGAGGGUGGUGGGUGGCUGUGUGGCCAACCCUCACUCUUGGCCCUGGCAAAUCAGCCUUAGAACAAGAUUUACCGGACAGCACUUCUGUGGCGGUACUUUAAUAGCCCCAGAGUGGGUGCUGACUGCUGCCCACUGUUUGGAGAAAUCUUCAAGACCUGAAUUCUACAAGAUUAUCCUGGGUGCGCAUGAAGAAUAUAUCCGUGGGUCGGAUGUUCAGGAAAUAUCAGUAGCCAAACUGAUCUUGGAGCCCAACAACCGUGACAUUGCCCUGCUGAAACUAAGCCGCCCAGCCACCAUCACGGAUAGAGUCAUUCCAGCUUGUCUGCCAUCUCCAAAUUACAUGGUUGCUGACCGGACAAUAUGUUACAUCACCGGCUGGGGAGACACUCAAGGGACUUUCGGUGCCGGUCGUCUCAAGGAGGCUCAGCUGCCUGUGAUUGAGAACAAGGUGUGCAACCGCGUUGAGUAUCUGAACAACAGAGUCAAAUCCACCGAGCUCUGUGCCGGGCAUCUGGCUGGUGGCAUCGACAGCUGCCAGGGCGACAGUGGAGGACCUCUGGUUUGCUUCGAGAAGGACAAGUACAUUUUACAAGGAGUCACUUCUUGGGGUCUUGGCUGUGCUCGCCCCAAUAAGCCUGGUGUCUACGUGCGUGUCUCACGGUUUGUUGAUUGGAUUGAAAGGGAGAUGAGGAAUAACUGACUAGGUGGAAGGCCGAGCAAAACCUCCGCUUACCAAAGCUUACUGAAUAUGGGGAGAGGGCUUAGGGUGUUUGGAAAAACUGACAGUAAUCAAACUGGGACCUUACACUAAACCACAGCUUCCUGUUGCCCCUCAGCCCCUCCCCCAUUUUUUGUAUUAUUGUGGGUAAAAUUUUCCUGUCUGUGGACUUCUGGGUUUUGUGACAAUAGACCAUCACUGCUGUGACCUUUGUUGAAAAUAAACUCGAUACUUACUUUGA